GCCAACGGGCCUAUGAACGGUCUCAGCCACAACCAGAACAGCACCAUCCCCAUGAAGGACCACGACGCCAUCAAACUUUUCAUCGGCCAGAUCCCUCGCAACCUGGAGGAGAAGGACCUCAAGCCCCUCUUUGAGGAAUUUGGCAAGAUCUACGAGCUCACGGUGCUGAAGGACCGCUUCACCGGCAUGCACAAGGGUUGUGCCUUCCUAACGUACUGUGCCAGGGAAUCUGCACUGAAGGCCCAGAGUGCGUUGCAUGAACAGAAGACAUUACCUGGGAUGAACAGGCCGAUCCAGGUGAAGCCAGCGGACAGUGAGAGCAGAGGAGAAGACAGAAAAUUAUUUGUGGGCAUGCUGAACAAACAACAGUCAGAGGAGGACGUACGCAGACUAUUUGAAGCUUUCGGUAACAUUGAAGAAUGCACGAUCCUUCGAGGGCCUGAUGGAAAUAGCAAAGGAUGCGCAUUCGUGAAAUUUUCCACACACGCAGAAGCCCAGGCAGCCAUCAACGCUUUACACGGAAGCCAGACGAUGCCAGGUGCAUCUUCAAGUUUGGUGGUAAAAUUUGCAGACACUGACAAGGAACGUACGAUGCGUCGCAUGCAGCAAAUGGCAGGGCAGAUGGGGAUGUUCAACCCAAUGGCAAUCCAGUUUGGUGCAUAUGGUGCCUACGCUCAAGCAUUGAUGCAACAGCAAGCAACAAUAAUGGCAUCAGUGGCCCAGGGAGGUUACCUGAACCCAAUGGCAGCAUUCGCCGCAGCGCAGAUGCAGCAGAUGGCCGCUUUGAAUAUGAACGGACUGGCAGCUACGCCCAUGACACCAACAUCAGGUGGGAGUACUCCUCCUGGUAUCACCGCACCAGCUGUGCCUAGCAUCCCUUCUCCAAUCGGUGUAAAUGGAUUCACCGGCCUACCCCCACAGGCUAAUGGACAACCGACAGCAGAAGCCGUCUUUGCUAAUGGAAUCCACCCCUACCCAGGGUCAGCUCAUGAGUGGUCUCCAGAGGCCAGGCAGGACGUUUCAUCCGGCCCGCGAUGUGCUCUAUUGUUAUUCACUAGAGCCGGCUCACCAGUGCUCCCAAUCGCUCAGGCGGGAGAUGAAAACUCCAACCAGAUGUGGCACACAGUAAGCUCCGUCUGCACGCACGCACAAAGCCCAACUGCAGCUGAUCCCUUGCAGCAAGCUUACGCUGGAGUGCAGCAGUACGCAGCUGCCUAUCCUGCCGCCUAUGGCCAGAUCAGUCAAGCCUUUCCACAGCCACCUCCAAUGAUACCCCAGCAACAGAGAGAGGGUCCAGAGGGUUGCAACCUUUUUAUCUAUCACCUUCCUCAGGAGUUUGGAGAUGCUGAGCUCAUGCAAAUGUUCCUGCCUUUUGGUAAUGUCAUCUCCUCAAAAGUGUUUGUGGACCGAGCGACAAACCAAAGUAAAUGCUUUGGUUUUGUGAGUUUUGACAAUCCUGCCAGUGCCCAGGCUGCCAUCCAGGCAAUGAAUGGUUUUCAAAUUGGCAUGAAGAGGCUGAAAGUACAGCUCAAGAGGCCGAAAGAUGCCAACCGCCCUUACUGA